AUGGCGGAGUUAACGGAGAGAGCAGUGUUAAGGAAUUUGCAAAAGGAGCAAGAAAGAGAGAGGCGGCGAUUACGAGACAGGCAAAGAAGGCAAGCAAUGAGCGUUGAAGAGAGAGAAAAACAUCUUGCGAGACGACGUAGAAACUAUCAGUUACGGAGACAAAGAGCACGAAAUGUGAGAGACCCUCAGGUCAAUCAAGCCGAUCUUGGGGAUAGUGACGAAAUGCUUAUGCUCCCGAGCAAUGAAAAUCAUCAAGCAGCAAUCUCUGUUCCUGUCCAAUCUAAUGGCGUUUCUCAUGUUGAUAUGGAUCAAAGACAAGGAAGUUUAAAUGCAGGCAAUGCAAAUUCUGUGGGUUUGGAAGUUCCAGCACAUAAAUUAGCUAAAUUACCUAUAAGGUCACGCCUAAACCAUAUAAAAAACCUUGCUCGGUCACUGGUUGAUACUCUGGAUAUUGGUGAUAGUCACAAAAUUACAGCAGAUUUGACCACAAAAGGAGGCGCAACUUCCAAUUGCACACCACCAAAAGCAUUACGAUUGAAUCGUGUCAAGCAUCUUGCACGGGUAUUAAGCUCUGAUGCAACAAUAACAACAACAACAACAAUUCAAAAUCACAAUAGUGAAACUGAGGGAAUUCUUAAACCAGUGGAACAGAAUGCGCCAAAUGGAGAACAUCUGACGAAUAGCAAUCUGCCUAAAGCGGUCCAGACUAACAAUGCUAGCGGCGGAGAUGAAUGA